AUGAACGAGUCGUUGCGACGGCAGGCGGCUCGGCUUUCCUCUCGUUCCACGCUCCUGUCCUCCGGUCUAAGCCCCGCCCCUGGCCACCCCCUCGGCUCCUCUCCCGUGCCCAUGUCCAUGGAGGCCGAGAUGACGGACGUUCUGCGCCGCGCCAAGCUGGACAUCGAGAGGCUGAAGAAGAAGGAGCGGAGGCAGAGGAGGAUGAGUCCAGAACUGGAGAAAGGGCUAAAGAAACGAGUCAAGCUGCACACUCAAGAAAAUGGAGAGAGCCGGCGAAGUGGUGAAAACGGACAGAACGGAGAGAUCGACUCGGACGACAACUACACCGAGGACAUCAUGUCACCACUACAGGAGGAGAGUGGCUGUGAUGACGAUGAGGGUGAAGAUGAGGAGGAGGGCAGGGAGGAAGAGGAUGACUUUGAGAGCGAUGAAAGUCUGGUGGACUCAGACUCAGACUCUGAUGAGAAAGCCAACUUCCAGGCGGACCUGGCAGACUUGACUUGCGAGAUUGAGAUCAAGCAGAAGCUGAUCGACGAGCUAGAGAACAGCCAGCGGCGGCUGCUGAUGUUGAAGCUCCAGUAUGAGGAAAAGCUCAUCUUGCUGCAAAAUAAGAUCCGAGACACACAGCUGGAGAGAGACCGUGUGCUGCAGAACCUCAUGUCCAUGGAAAACUACACGGAGGAGAAAGCCAACAAGAUCCGGCAGGAGUAUGAGAAGAGGCUGAAGGAGAUGAACCGGGACCUGCUCAAGCUGCAGGCGGCACAGAAGGAGCACGCUCGCCUCCUCAAAAACCAGGGCAGAUACGAACGAGAGCUGAAGAAACUCCAGACUGAGGUCAACGAGAUGAAGAAGGCCAAGGUGGUGCUGAUGAAGCAGAUGAAGGAGGAGCAGCAGAGGAGGAGGAUGGUGGAGGCAAAGAGAAAUCGUGAGAUUGCACAGCUCAAGAAGGAGCAGCGACGACAAGAG